CACACACACACACAUUUCUACCUUCUAAAACAUUCAUCUCAGGGGACUUUUUCUCUUCUAGAAAAAUACCUCCAGGGGCCUCUUUGGGAAUGCAGGACUCCUCCACUCCAGGGCAUAACCUGUAGAGAGAGAGUUCAGAGAAAAUGUUGAAUCUGAGGGGUAUUGGCUGCAGCUUGGAGAGGCGGGUUGGGGGAACAGGAGAGACUGUUCCCUUGGAAAGGCAGGAGGAACACGAAAGGCAGCAGGGCCGUGGGGGACAGAAUCAGGGAUAAGGAGAGAACUGUCUGCUUCUACCCUCCCCCACCCCACCCCGAACCUCUAGAACAAGUGUGAUGCACAGGAAGUUGUGUUCAAGGUGCUUCGGCAGGGGCGCUGGUGGAGAGGGUUAUCUGCCGUGGGCGGGAACAACAGACCCUGCAGGAGGCCGGUUCCUAAGGGAACAACAGGAGUUCACUUCGCCUUUGGCAGUGAUCAGAAAAGUCGGGGGGAGCUCCACAUCACGGCGGUGGGGACCCAGAGGCUGAAGGACUUGGGGGCACAUUUGGGCAGUCCCUCUGGGGUCUUGCUUCCCCGUCCAUCUGGGCAGGGAGCAGGUCUCUGCGUUCCCCUGAGGGCUCCCGGAGCGCCUCUGCUCCAGGACGUUGGUUCUCUAUCUCUACUGGAAGAGGACCACCCCUCUGCCGCCUUCUCUUCAAGGUGCAGGAUUUGUCAGCAGCAGGGAUGGUGGGUGCUUGAAGAAGCCACCAGGGGGCGCCCGCCACCAGCUCUUGGAGCCAACGGCAGCCUGGAGCUCCCUUGGUCCAGUCUCUGAGGAUGAAGGAGGGAUGGUUCAAACAGGACCCAGCUCCAAACCCAGUGGGGUGCUGGUAUACAUUUAACAACUGGCUCGUUGGGUGGAUUGGUGCCCAAGGUACGAUUUGCAGUGCUUGCUAAUUUCCUUGCUGUAAAUGUUCCCAUGGCUGAUUUUGAGAAACCAACCAUUUAUAUGGUAGAUGAUACAAAAAGGUAAAUAAUGCCAACAGGGUAGGUAAUAGUAGGAUGUAGUAAAAUCAUGAGGCAGUGAUGAGUUUUGAGUAUUGAGGACCUUGGUUUUUAAUAUAAUGUAAUUUAACUGUGAAACAACUGACUCACAAAAUUCUGAAAAUUUGACAGCUGGCUCUCAGAAACUGGUACAGGCUGGCUCCUGCAUCUCAGUGUGUCUUUUCCCUUGUCCAGACCUCCCCUUGCCCUUGAACAUCACCCCCUGAAUCUCCCCAUCCGUCCACUGAGCAUGAGAAUCUGCCUCAUCUCCAUGGAUCCCCUCAAACAGCCUAGGAAGGAGGAACUAGGAUUCUCCCCAUUUUACAGAAGAGGAAACUGAGGCUCAGAGAGGUGAAGUCACCUGUCCCAGGUCUUACAUGAGGAUCUGAGUUGGAACCCAGACCUGGAUUAGAAAGCCACGUUCUUACCACUAAGUUACGCUAUCCUUGAGAUCACAGCGGGGUUCUGGGGGAAUCCCAUGCCCCAAACUCCCACCCCUGAAGACCUGUCCUGGCAUCUGGAAGUCCCCCGUCAGUCACCCUUUGUGGCUUCUGGUAGCUGAGGGAAGACAUUGGGACUUGGGAGAGUGACAAGGCUGAACCCAGCUUGCAGAAAGCAAUGACACAGCAGAGCUGGAACCCAGGACAGAGAGAGAUGGCUGGGACAGGAGCUGGAAUUUGCUGGGCACUCAGUCCAUGCCCAGCCCCACGCCAAAUGCUUUAUCUGCCUGAUCGUAUUCAGGCCUCACGACAACCUGUGACGUUGGGACAAUUAUUAUCCCACUUUACUGCUAUGGAAGCUGAGGUCCAGAAAGCUGGACCGCUGGCUCUAGCAGGUCACGCUGCUAAGAAACCAGACUCUGCUGACUUCAGCUCUGGCGCAGGGAAGGAAGGAGGGUAGACAGGAAAUGGGGGUCAGGAGGUGGCAUGCUAAGUUUACUCCAGUCCCUUGUCCCUUUGGAGGGGGGGCUGCCAGCCCUGCGGGUGGUUCAUCUGGCAGCUGAUCUGGGCAAAGGCUCCCCAAACCCUCCCUCCAUAUCCCACCCCCACCUGCCACUGAGCCAAGCCUUCCCCGAUGCCUGGGAUGGGGUAAGUGCUGCAUAAGCCAUAGCUGUUAGGAUCAUAAAAUGCAGAAAAAAGACUGGAAGGAAGUACACCAAGUUAUUGAGAGGUUAGCCAUCGAGUGUGGGAUUGUAGGCGAAUUUUGUUUUCUUCUUUCGACUUUUCUGUGUUUCCCUAAUAUUUUUCAAUGUACGGAACAAAACCGUAAGUGUUUAGGAAGUCUGAGGGUCCCAGGUCUCCCCAGCUAGUGAGUAAAGCCAUUGUUCUUUAGCUAUUAGUGCCCACACAGGAAGGCUCUGAGCUCGUGGUCCUCCCCUGGGGGCGACGUUGCCACCCCAGGGGACAUCUGGCAAUGUCUGGAAAUACUUUUGAUUGUCGCUACUUGGAGGACCAUUACUAGCAUCUAGCAGGUGGUCAGGGACCCUGCUAAACAUCCUGCAGUGCACAGGACAGCCCCACACAGCAAAGAAGUGUCUUGUCCGAAUGUCAGUGGUGCUGAGGUAGAGAAACCUUGCUUUUCCCACUCGGCAGUGAGAGCCCCACGGAGCUCCCCUUCUCAGAAGUUUUUGGAAACCCAGAGGGGCCUCUGUGUGGCCAUGAACUUAGUUGUUCCUUUUGGUGGCUGGAAGGCUGUAGCCCUAGCUACCCAGGCUCUUGCCACUUGGGGGGCCGGCAGAGCCAGUGCCCCAUGCCUGAGGCUGGCAAAAUAAGGAUGCUGUCGCUGAGCCUGGCAGGGGGACAGCCUUGGAACUGUUUUCCUAGGAAAGAAGGAGAGAGGAACAGGCCCAGGGCAGGAGACUGGAGAACCAGAGGGGCAAAGACUAGUCACUUUCCCGGGCACAUGAACCCUGCGGGGGGGGCGGGGCAUGGGCAGAUGAAUCAAGGUCCUCUCCUGUCUCAGCACGGCUUCUGGGCUGCCCCCUCCCUUGGGGAAGUCCUUCCAGGAGACCCUGUUGUUCUGCCUUGUGUCCGGCCUCCAGGCCCCCUAGAGGGACAGGCUUCAAGGGAUCUCCCCCAGAGUUUCAGUGGCCCCUCAGCAAAUCACUGGAUACAAAUGAAUCUGUAGGACAGUGGGGUACCUAAUUCCACCAGCUGAAGCUUCUGGAACACGACUCCUGCCCUGCUUGGACCCCCAUAUCACCUAUUGACAAACGUGUUGGCUGGAUGAGUGCAGGAAAGCUGUCACCUCUCAUUCUCACUCCGCUCCGGCCCCCAUGAGACUUCUUGUUCUUUCUUACUCACAUGCUCCUGCCCCAGGACCUUUGCACCUGCUAUUCCUCUGCCUGGUAUCCUCUUCCCAGAUGUCUGCGUGACUGGCAUCUUCUCAUCCUUUAUGUCUCAGCUUGAAUGUCACCUCUUCAGAGGGGCCCUCUAUGCAUCCCUGCCCCCAACUUUUCUUGAGGACAACCCCAUUUUCCCCUUCCAGGUACAGAUGACCAUCUGGACAGACGUUCUUGAUAUAUGGAUUUUUGCUGUGCAAGGGCGGGGCCCUCUGUCCCUCACGUUCACUCUCUCCUUUUCACUGCACAGUGCCUGGCACACAGCAGGGGUUCAGGAAACAUUUACUGAAUGGACAAAUGGGCAAGGAAGGUUGGCGAGGGUGUGAGAAUGGAAGCCAGGCCACGUGACUGGCAGAAAUCAAGGGAAGCUUAGAUUUGAGGCUCAGAGUCAGGCAGACUGGGCUCGGAUGCCCGCUCUGCUGUUUACAAGUUGCUGGACGUUGGGCGACUCUAACCUCUUGGAGACAUCGCUUCCACACCUGAGAAAUGGGGAGAACGGUCCUUGCUAUUCGUACGGCUCUGACAUGGCUGGCACACUGCAGGGGCCCAGCUGGGGCCACCCUGGAGGGAUAGUCCCUGGCUAUGGGGCAGUCGUGGACCCUCUGAGGGGAACCAUGAGGCCUCCGCGUCCCCCCAGGCCUGUCCCCCCAGCCCCUGUGGUUUGCUUAGCAACCCCCGCCCUGCUGAGCUCGCCGUCUUUUGGCCUAAAAUUAGCUCACAAAUUCCUUAACUGCCUGGUUGGUGCUUCCAGCUGACAAUUCAAACCAGAUGUUUCCAGCUGUCGGGGGCCCUUCCCCCAUGGCCAGCGCCUGCGUGUGCCCCGGGGAGGUCGGACCCUACCCAGGAGAGAUCAAUCCGCUACACGCACUCAGGGCCCCGGCAGCAGGGCAGGUGCAGGAGCCAGCCUGGGCCUCUGGGCUCACCCCUCCGAGGAUGGGGGCCUCCUCGCCGGCUGGCCUGCUGGUGGGUGAGGGCUGCGCUAAGACACAGAGGGGCUGGUGGAGAAGCAAGCGCUCUGAUCCCCAACAUGCUGUUGGAUCCCAGAUGAUGAAAGAGGCUCCCCAUGGGGCAGGACCUGGUGAAGGCAGACCUAGAACCUGGGUCUCUCUGUCUCCGGUCUGGGGCUGCUCUGGCCCCAAAGGAGGAACACAGAAUGGGACCGCGACUUAGUCUGGGGCCUCUGGGCCACCCGUGCUGGAAGCAGGCCCUGUUCAGGGACCUCGGAACCUCCCUGACCUCAAACCCUUCAGAAGGGCAGGCAGGAUCCCAGCUCUCUGGGCCGUGGGUGCUCCACAGGACGGCCCUGUCUGUGUGUCUGUCAUCCUCAGACUGCCCUGGGGACCAGCGGUCAGGGAGGAAAUGCCCCAUCUGGUGUUCCCGGGGCGUGGAGGGGACGCCCACGGGUGUGAGCAAGGGGGGACUGUGUGUGUGGCCGAGCUUGGCCCCGCCCCUGCCCCUGUCCCCACCCCAAACCCACUUAAUGAAAUCAAGCUGGCCCUGCCGAGGGGAGGAAGGGAGGCGGGAGGAGGCGGGAGGAAAGGGGCGGGGCGGCGGCAGCCCAGAGCCGCGGCCACAGGGCACUGCCACGGACUUGCUCUGCUCCACCUGGCGGGACACCCUGUGUGCAGAGGAACUGGCUCCAGGCAGCAUGGUUUCCGCGGCGGCCCCCAGCCUCACGGCGUCUCUGCUGCUCCUCCUGCGGGUCCUGCCCACGGCGUCCUAUUCCGUGUCCCUGCGGGCCACCUUCCUGGAGGACAUGGCGGGCAGCGGGGAGGCCGAGGGCGCGUCGGCCUCCUCCCCGAGCCUCCCGCCGCCCCGGACCCCAGCCCUCAGCCUCACCUCGGUGGGGCCCCAGCUCACGCCCCUGGCGGGCCCCAAGCCCCCCACCAACUUCCUGGACGGCAUCGUGGAUUUCUUCCGCCAGUACGUGAUGCUCAUCGCCGUGGUGGGCUCCCUGGUGUUCCUACUGCUGUUCACCAUCUGUGCCGCUCUUAUCACCCGCCAGAAACACAAAGCCUCUGCCUACUACCCCUCAUCUUUCCCUAAGAAGAAGUACGUGGACCAGAGUGACCGGGCCGGGGGCCCCCGGGCCUUCAGCGAGGUCCCCGACCGUGCCCCUGACGGCCGGCCCGACGAGGCCCGCGAUUCCUCCCAGCAGCUCCAGGCUGACAUCCUCGCCGCCACCCAGAACCUCAAGUCUCCCGCCAGGGCCGCCCCGGGCAUGGGAGACGGAGCCAGGAUGAUGGAGGGCAAGUCGGAGGAAGAAGAGAAGGGCAGCCGGGAGGCAGACCAGGAAGCCCAGGGACACGGGGUCCCGGCAGAGAAACCAGAGGCGCCGCCAGAGGAGCCCUGCUCGGUGCAGGCGGAUGGGGCUGUGGCAGCUGCUGAAGGUCAAGGGGAGCCAGAAGCAGCUCCCUCAUUAGCCCUCGGAGCUGGGGGCCCAGCUGGUUCCCUCGAAAACCCCUGUGCUUGCGGCAGUGUCCCCCCCAGCAUCUAACAGGCCUCUAGGGCUGCCGGCCCUGAUUGUCGGACCCCUGGUGGUCACCUCCUUGGGCACAGAAAGGUCCUCGGCCCUUACCGUGCUCUGACACCCCCUACUCGGCCACUCCCCGCGGCAAAUCCCGGCACGUCUGAUCCUACUACAGCAGGCAGAGAUGCUGGUCUCUGUUCCACCCUCAGGAAUCUCAUCCACUUCGAGAACAUUUGUCCCCGCAGCCCCAAGGCCUACAUCCCAAAGUACAGCUCCUCUGGGGAGAUGGAGCUGAGGAUGUGUCCCUGUCACAGCCACGUCCGCUGGGAAACAUAUGUCUCAGGUCCCUUGUGACAAUGCAAACGUCGCCGCUUUCCAUCGAGGUAGGAAAGAGAAACAGGAUAACUAGGAGGUUUGGAAGAGGUUGAACAGAUGGGAGAUGCAGAGGUGCCUGGGGUUGAAGCAGGGAGAGGUGCCGCAGAAGAUCAGUCAGGAGGCUUCCGUGAGGGGUCCUGCACCGAUCACGACAGGUUCCUAAGUGAGCAUUUCCCAAACUGGGUUCCCUGGAAGAAAGAUUUUGAGGUCCAGUGAAUGAAUUGAGGAAACAUUGCUUCUCUGCUCUGCGUACCCCCCUUGGAGCCCCCCAAGGCUCUGACAAGUCCCGCAGUAAAGGUGUCCAUGGAAUCUGAUUUCGCUUAGCCUUUCCCAAAAAGCUUUUGGCCGCGGAGUACUUUUGUUUUUGUUUUACAGCUACAGAGUAAAAUCCUGAAGAGAACACUCUGGAAGUUACAGCUCCAGGUGUGCUCCAGGGCGCCCCCUCCCCAGUUCCUGGUUGGUCCGGGGUGAAGGCUGUGGAGGUGGAGGCUCGGCCUCUCAGGGGCUGCCUCUCAUCCUGCUACUGCUGUGGGCAUGGGGCAAAUGAAUUGAGCUUUCUUGCCAGGGCCCCAGAGCAACCUAGAAGUGGUGGGGGGCAGGGCUGUGUGUGAGGGGACCCCACUCUGGGGGAAUCUGAGGGUAUCAGGGAGGGUUUCCAACAGGCUGGAGCAGGGGAACCCUGACCCCCUGCCCUUCACACACACACACACACACACACACACACACACACACACACACACACAUCUGGCAGCCUGUGCCCAUAGCAUUCUUUAGUUUUCGACAAGGGAGCCUGAGCUCCGUCCUGAUUUGGGGAGGCUCUGGCGGGGGGGGUUCCUCUUCCCCAUCCCUCCGUCCCCCCUCCCCCCAACCUCUGCACAACUCUCCAGGUGCUAGGAUAUAACAAACUAGCACAAUAAACCUUUAUUCUGG